ACGCGGAGCUUCCAGGGGAGGGACUGUUAGUUUAGUUAGACAGGCCACUGUCAUCUAAAACGACCACCGUACAUAAAGAUGUCUCUGGUGUAUUCGUGUCCACAGUAAAGAUGUCUCUGGUGUGUUCGUGUCCACGGUAAAGAUGUCUCUGGUGUGUUCGUGUCCACAGUAAAGAUGUAUCUGGUGGGGCUGACGGGAGGGAUAGCCUCUGGGAAGAGCACCGUCUCUGCCAUGCUGAGAGAGCUGGGCUGCCCUGUCAUCGACGCAGACCUCAUCGCCAGGCAAGUGGUGCAGCCUCACUGCCCCGCGUACCGGCUCAUUGUGAAGCACUUCGGCCGGGACGUCUUGCUGGAGAGCGGGGAGAUCGAUCGGGAGAAGCUGGGGGCCCUCAUCUUCACAAACCCAGAGAAGAACAGGCUGCUCAGCACCAUCACCCACCCAGAGAUCCAGAGAGCCAUGAUCAAGCAGGUUCUGCAGCACUUCGUGCUGGGACACCGCUAUGUGAUUCUGGACGUGCCGCUGCUGUUUGAAACCAGGAGACUGACUCGCUUCCUCAAGCACACUGUGGUGGUGUACUGUGACCCUGACACCCAGCUCUCCAGGCUGAUGGAGAGGGACAGCCGCUCCCAGGACCAGGCCGCACUGCGCAUCGCGGCUCAGAUGCCGCUGGAAGAGAAGGUGGCACUAGCUAACCACGUGAUCGACAACUCGGGCAGCCAGGAGGACACCUACAGGCAGGUCCUGAAACUGCACAGCCGGCUGGAGGACUCCUUGGACUUCCUGUUGGUUCGGGCCCUCGUCAUUACCACGGCAACAGGGAUUGGAGGGCUCAUCUUUUUGCUGGUGAAGCCAUUUAUAUUUUAGCUCGCCCCCUGUUGGAAAGAAACGUGAACUGUCGCCUGUAGUUCUCUCACGAUUAGACUCUUGCUGUGCCAUUCUCAGCUUGCAGCAGUGUUUGUGGUAAAUCCAUUGUCCACAUUCUCACUCGGACUCUCAAUCAGGGAGAGACCGUGACGUGAUAAAUUGGGGCGUCUUUUCAAAUCGUAGCUUCUGACUGACUUGUGGUUAACUCCAAGAACUAAAUUCCUACAAAAUGAGACACAAACUACCUGAAAGAGCUUAAGAGACCUUACAUUAUUUAAAUUAGGCAAUCUGUUUUGCAGUUAAAAAAAAAAAAAAUGAAUUCCAUAAAUGCUUUGAGAAUAAGCUCCAUUGUAAUGUUAUACAUAACCAAAACGGCUAAUAUAUGCGUGGAAAACCGCAAAAUGAUCAUGCAAAUAUACCAUGUUUGUAUUAGGGCUAAUCUAUUGUUUCUUUUACAGCACUGGGGGAAUUCACUUGGAUUGCAUGACGAUAGGUGAUUGAUGAAUCCAGGGAGGUUCCCCGGUGCUGAAAAAUGUUCUAACAAAGCGGUGGUUUAUCCCAGGGGGCUAUAGCAGAGCAAGAACCUUUGUUACACACCAGUGGUUGAAAAGUCUCUCCUGCAGCAGGGAUACACUGGAAGUGCCUCUACGUACAAAUGCAUGUUUUGUAAACCAUAUUUGUAUACUGUACGUAUGUUGAGAAUAGCUUCUUGAAUUUCCUCAGGAAUCGCGGUUUAUUGAGGGUAUCAGAAACACAAUCUGGGUUUGAACCCAGGCCACAUUGCUCAGCUGGGAUAUUCAAAGCUAUAUCUUGGGAAUCACUUGUCCAUAUUAGGUGAAUCUGUGUCCUGUCAUGUGUUGUGAGAUGCUAUGAGGAUGGAGGCCAGGGUCCUUCAUUUCCUAUGCCAACUUUAACACUUAAAGUUGGCAUAGGAAAUGAAGAGAAGUGGACUCAGUGAUAAUGUUGCCACUGCACAUUAAAGGCCAUCAAACAGACUUUAAAUAUUUUAAUAAUGAACGGGACCAUGUCACUGUAACAGGGCAGAGGCUGGGCGAGAACCGGCAACCCCCUGUCACUGUAAUCAAACGUCUAAACCACAAUGCAAAAGAGCCAGGCUCCACUGUAUCCGUGGUUUAGACGCUCACAUGCGGUGUGCAGGGUCACCGGGUCAUGCCCAGCCUCUGCCAUGUUACAUCGCAUAGCCAAAAAGUUUGGAAUACAAGAAAGGGGAUCCAGUGGCUGCUAUGGUUUGCUGCUCAGUGUCAUAAGUGUCAUAAUAUUUUUCUAUGAGAAAUGUCUGUGCUGAUGCUACUGAUGUAAUAGUUUGUAUUCUGUGUUUGUAGAGUUGCAUUGCUAUAAGAGGGUAAAACCUGUGACGGGUAUACACUGUGCGAUUUGUAUAUCCACUGGGAUUAUUUUUAAGGUCAUUUUAUUUUAGUGUAGAUGACUUCAGUCUGAGUCUAUAAGAUUACAAUGUGCAUGCAAAAUGUUUCAGUAAAUACGGAAUAUGAAGAACAGCCGUCCUGCCGCUGCACACGCACUGCUGUCUGAAUCAGAUUGAACAGCCGUCCUGCAGCUGCACACGCAGUGCUGCCUUCUGCACUUGUUUGCAAAAUGCAGUGUUCGGAUUGUCCACUAGAUGCUGCACUGAGCUAAACUAAGCCUCCUUUCUUGGUGCAGACGCUGAUCAGUAUCAACCAGUGACUGCACUGAAUGAGACACACAGCACUUAGUGUGUCCCACUUACAAUCAAACCCUUUCCGUGUCUCCAGCUGCCUCGAAUGCCCUGUGAUGGGUGCCUAACUCUCAGUAUUUAAAGGGAAUUUGACUGUGAUCAAUUGAUGUGGCAUUGAUCUGAUGUCAAUGUCUAUGUAAAUAACAUGGAUUGUUUAGGUUUCCUUUAUCCUGGGUGUAUUGAGUGACAACAUGUUAAAGGGUUCUUAUUAAUGUGCAGUUUUGAAAGAAACACAUGAUUUAGCAAACAUGUAUUUUUUUUUGGCUUUUGAAAUCACGAAACAAUUACAACCAUCUCAUAUCAUCUUCUUUUUUUCUUACAGUAA